AUGACCAGCAGUAGUAAUAGUAGUAGUAAUAACAAUCCUAUCCAUUCCUCCUCAACCGCUAGUGGUCAUAACAACACUAUUGGCACAAAUCUUCACACUAAAUUCAACCAUCACAUGUUCCAAUUGAAAAGCCUAAAUCCCGAAUCAUCAAGCUUAAAGCAAUCAUUUUCAACAUCAUGUCUAGUACGACUCGCUUCAAACAAGCCAGGAAAUAAUGAUGAUGAUGAUAACCACUCUGACUCGCAUCAUUCCAAAAAGAAGAAGCCUUCAAAGGAAGAAGAGGACAAGACCAAGGAGGAAGAUAAAACCAGUGAAAUUAAUCGUAGAUUUGAUGAUUAUGAAGCCUCUUCUAAAAAGAAAAAGGAGGAUCAAGAACCGGCAGCAGCAACGACUCAUGAAGAUGUCAUUGAUGAUGCCGAACACGAGAAGGAAAUUGAAAAACUCUUUGAAAACGAAAUGGAACAAGAGAAUAAGGAAGUGGUUCAUCCCGAACAACACUCCUCUCAAAGCAACAACAACAAGCUACAACCGGUAAAGCCAGCAGAACAAUCCAUUGCAAGCUUUUUCGCUACUCCAACACCUCCUGUUGUGGAAGUUGUUCCUCUCUAUAAGAAACCUGCAUUUCCAGGAACCAUCAUUCCAAUAUUCAUCACAGACAUGAAAUUCAUUCAGUCCAUGUUGGAAAGUGGAUUUCAUGAUAAACUUGUUGGUCUCUUCUUGGUCAAAGACUCUGAUAAGAGAGAUCAAUUGCAAAAUAUUACAUCCCUUAAAGACGUGGAACAAGUGGGUACAUUGGCCAAAGUGACACGAGUGGUGCCUGCAAGAGGUGGUGCAUCUGUUGUUUUUGCAGCCAUCCGUCGAAUUAAAAUUACUGGCUCUGUUCCAGAAGCAAAGAGAGUGUCAGCCAAAAUUGAGGAACUUCCAACAAAGAAGGUUGACAAGAAUGAUCCUGGUAUUAAGGCACAUGUGAUGGAAAUUUUCAGUCAAAUCAAGCAAUUUUUAUCUCGUUUGGACCCCGUGCAAAGAGAGCAAUUGAAUAUGAUUCUGGAACAGUUGGAUCAUACAGAUCCAGCUGAAUUGAGUGACAUUGCAGCCAUCUUAUCAUCACAUGAUGCUGACAAGUUGCAAGAUGUUUUACAAACACAAGACAUUCGAGAACGACUUGUAAAAUCUCUCGAAAUUCUGAAAGCAGAGGUUGAAACGAAAAAGAUUCAAGAAAAAAUUCAAAAGAAUCUCGAAGAAAAGCUCAACAAGCAACAACGUAAAUUAUAUCUGACUGAGCAAUUGAAAAUUAUCAAACAAGAGCUCGGAUUGGAGAAGGAUGCUAAAGAAGAGUUGUUCAAAAAAUUCAGCUCUCUCGCCGAAGAAAUCAAAAAGAAGAACGUACCAGAUAUUAUCAAAACUACACUCGAUGACGAAUUGAACAAAUUCUCAACACUCGAUCCUCACUCGAGUGAAUACACGAAUGUGAGAAAUUAUUUAGAUUGGUUGACAUGCCUUCCAUGGCAAUCCUUUUCUAAGGAAAACUUUGAUUUGGCAAGUGCAGCCAAAAUUCUCGACCGAGACCACUAUGGCUUACAAAAGGUUAAAGAAAGAAUUUUAGAAUUUAUUGCAGUCGGAAAACUGAAGAAUACUCUGAAAGGUAAAAUUGUGUGUCUUGUUGGACCUCCAGGUGUUGGUAAGACAAGUAUUGGUAAAUCGAUUGCCGCUUCUCUCAAUCGAGAAUUCCAUAGAUUUAGUGUUGGUGGCUUGACCGAUGUGAGCGAAAUUAAGGGUCACAGAAGAACCUACAUUGGAUCCAUUCCAGGUAAACUGAUUAAUAUCAUGAAAUUGGCCAAAUCAAGCAAUCCUGUAAUCAUGAUUGAUGAAAUUGACAAAUUGGGUAGAAGUCAUCAAGGAGAUCCAGCAAGUGCAUUGCUAGAAGUGCUCGAUCCCGAACAAAAUCAUUCAUUUGUAGAUCACUAUUUAGACGUUCCCUAUGAUCUCAGUAAUGUUUUAUUUAUUUGUACAGCAAACGUUCUUGACACCAUACCAGGUCCACUUCUAGAUAGAAUGGAAGUACUUCGUUUGAGUGGUUAUGUCUUGGAUGAGAAACUUCACAUUACCAAAAAUUAUUUACUUCCAAAGAAGGUUGAAGAAACUGGUCUUCUUUCUAAAAAAACCAAGAAACCUCUCUUAACUCUGGAUGAUUCUCUCAUUGAGAAACUCAUUAAGGAACAUUGCAGAGAGGCUGGUGUUCGAAACCUGGAAAAACAUAUUGAAAUGAUUUGUCGAAAAGUAGCUCUAAAAAUUGCAAAGGAUACUUCACAAAAAAGACCAUCAAUUUUCCAUUUGAAAGAUUCUGAUUUGGAAGAAUAUGUUGGAAAGCCAGUCUUUACAUCUGAUCGAUAUUAUUUAACAACUCCUGUAGGUGUCACCAUGGGUCUUGCUUGGACGAGUAUGGGAGGAUCAACCUUGUACAUUGAAACAGUAGCAGACAAGAUGUAUAGUGAACCUGAGAUUAUCAACGCUCCAACAUCCUCUGACAGCACAACUGCAACAACAACCUCCCCUCCAUUACCACCCUCUCCUCCUAGUGGAUCUCUAAAAUGUACAGGUCAAAUGGGUGAUGUCAUGAAAGAAUCAACAUCCAUUGCAUACACCUAUGCCAAGAAUCAUCUCUACAGCAUCGAUCCAAAGAAUGAUUACUUUAGAAAGACACAUAUUCACAUGCACAUUCCAGAAGGAGCUACUCCAAAGGAUGGUCCAUCUGCUGGUGUGACCAUGGUUACUUCAUUAUUGUCCCUGGCAUUGAACAAGCCAGUCAAGCAUAACCUUGCCAUGACUGGAGAGUUGACCAUCACAGGAAAAGUUCUUACAAUUGGAGGAGUGAAAGAAAAAGUCAUUGCUGCUAAACGAUCUGGAAUUUCUCAGGUCAUUAUGCCCGCAGGAAACAGGAGAGAUUGGGACGAGCUGGAUAAAACAAUUACGGAAGGAGUGAAAGUGCAUUUUGUGGAUUAUUACUCUGAUGUUUUUAAGAUUGCAUUCGAGUAUGAUGAGGUUCAAAAUCAAGAAGCAAUUGAGAAGGAUCGAUCAACACCAAAUUUGAUGGACCUUUCUUCUUAA